GAUACGCGUAUAUACUUUUUUUUUUUUUGCAGUAGACUUCGAAACAUCAUUAAGAGUGAUGAGAGUUUGAGUUUUUGGUGUUUGUAUUUCAUGACUCUGGUGCAUCUCAUGCAUUUCCAAUGGAGCUGAGAAAAUUAAACACAGCAGAAUAUGACCGCAGCUACUACGGCUCCCUAAGGUCACGCAAAGCACCCUUCAGUGAAAUGAACGAGGCUGCAGUACAGUUUAAAUGGAGCUCACAUCCUGAGGAAGACAGCAGUAAAGAUGAAAAUUCCAACAAAAUGCAAAAUCUCAAAGAGCUGCCCCUUCACAUGGGACUGAAAAAAGCUAUAUGGCAGGUGCAGCAGAUGCAAGUCCCCGUUGUGUCGAGUUGGACUUCCUGGCAUUUACAUCACUCCAAGUCCUUUCGGCGUUUUCGUGAGGACCUAUCGGGUGCUUUGUAUUUCAUCAAGCUCUGGAGGAAGUCCUUACACCAGAUCGGAGGACAUUUUGGAGGAGGCGUCAAGUCCUAUUUCCUGUUCUUGAGAUUCCUUGUUAUUCUGAACUUCCUGUCCUUCCUGUUGAUGGCCGGUUUUUUGAUCAUACCCAGCAUUGUUUUCCGCUUUAACAACUCCACUGGUCAUUUACUCAUUCCCUCCAUCAACCUUUCAGGUGUGGAGGUGUGUCUGCAAUAUGAUGUUCAGCCUCAACCUCUCACCGUUUACUACACCUACUUCCUGGAUUUGCUCUCAGGAACGGGCUUCAUGGAGUACUCAUACCUGUUCUAUGGAUUUUAUAAUAACACUGAGGUCAUCAGCAAUGGGUUUUCAUACAACAUUUCACUGGCUUACCUGCUCACCACCACCUUCUACUUCCUGUUUUGCCUGUUAUGCAUCGUGGUUCGGAUGGGUAGAGUCGCACAGCUUGUCAUGGCGAUGGAUGGCGGACCCUUAGGAGGGUACAGUGUGCUUGUUUUCACAGGCUGGGAUCAUGGCCUCCAAGAUCAGCUCACUGCCAAAGUAAAACACAACAACCUGCGUUAUCGCUUACAGGUGGAUCUGGAGGAGGAGAGAAUUAAGAGGAAGGCUGACUCUCUCACUCUCUCUCAAGCAUUCUUUCUUUAUUCCCUCCGAAUUUUCUUAAACCUCAUUGUUCUGGCAAUGAUAGUUGGUGCCUUCUUUGCCAUCAGUUCUGCAACCCAGUAUAGUCAGUCUCAGCAACGGGAAGGUAUCUUGGGAUUGCUACUGGAGUAUCUCCCCUCCAUCGUGAUCACAGCCAGUAAUUUUGUUGUUCCUUUUCUGUGUGACCAGAUCGCUAACCUUGAGAAAUACUCACCUAGUGUCACUGUAAUCCUUGCCGUGCUACGGGCCGUGUUCUUGCGUUUAGUGAGUUUAGCUGUACUCUUGUACACUCUGUGGAAACAGAUCACAUGUGAGGGAAACGCACAAAUCUGUUCACCCUGCAGCUACAACUACUCACAGUAUCAGUGCUGGGAGACACGUGUUGGGCAGGAAAUGUAUAAACUGACACUGUUCGACUUUCUUAUUACAAUUGUGGUGAUGCUACUGGUGGAGUUUCCUCGCAGGCUGGUAGUGGAUCACUGCUCAUGUAAGCUGGCUCAGUGGGUGGGUCGUCAAGAGUUUGAUGUCGCAUCAAAUGUCUUAGGGCUUGUUUACGGUCAGACUGUAGUGUGGAGUGGUGCUUUGUUCUGUCCGAUACUGCCGCUCAUCAACACCAUCAAGUUCAUUAUCAUAUUCUACUGCAAAAAGGUCACUCUAUUCCAAAAUUGUCGUCCGACGGUGAAGACGUUUCGCUCCACCAGCUCCAACUUCUUCUUCUUCCUGGUUCUUCUCUUUGGUUGGGUGCUCUCCAGUGUGGUACUCAUUUACAGCAUAGCUAGUAUUCAUCCGUCCUAUGGCUGCGGUCCUUUUCGUUUCUCCCCUUCCAUGUGGACCGUCGUUCCUGAUUCCUUCCAUUCACUGUCCAACACAACACAGGAGUUUCUGCUGUAUGUGGGUUCACAGGCUUUCUCCAUCCCUCUCUUCAUCAUAUCAUGUGUGAUGAUGUGGUACAUGGCUGUGUUGGUUUCGGUUUAUGGGAAAACUGUUAAUCUGCUGAAGAAACAACACAAACUGGAAGGACGGGAUAAACAGUUCCUGGUCAAACAGAUCAAGGAGCUGAGUGCAAAGGUUUCCAGAAACAAACAAGAACCACAACUAAGAGAUGGCAGAGGAACGAGAAAUAGCAGAGGCCCAAGAGAUGCCGGACCGAGAUGGGGAGAAAACUACAAUCCUGCAUUCGAGCCAGAUGAAGAACCGACAAUGCCAGCGAGAGACUUUAGGAAUAGUGGCUUUUAUGCAAGAGGCUUUUGACAUUCCUGUUCAAUGAAUCAAAAUGGAGUCAUAAAUGAUGCUGUUAUUGUUUUCCCUAACACUUCAUAGAGGCAACAUUUACGUCACGAUUUGCUUUGCUUCAUGUCUCGCAGCCAAAAUCUACUGUGAAUAUCGUGUUUGUAUGUGAAGUAGGAUGCUCAUGGAAAUAUUUUUAGAACUGUGACUGC